GACAUGCUGAGGGCUUGUGCAUUGGAGUUCCAGGGGAGUUGGGACAACCACUUAGCACUUGUGGAGUUUGCCUAUAACAACAGUUAUCAGGCAAGCAUCGGCAUGCCUCCAUACGAGGCAUUGUAUGGGAGGAGGUGCCGUACACCGUUAUGCUGGGACGAGGUUGGCAUGGCCAAACUCGAGGGUACUGAGUUGGUGGAGGUCACCAAAUCAAAGGUGAAGUUGAUUCGAGAGAGACUCAAGGCGGCUCAGGAUAGACAAAAGAGUUAUGCAGAUAAGCGUCGAAGAACCUUAGAGUUUAAGGUUGAUGACGAGGUAUUCUUGAAAGUUUCUCCUUGGAAAGGGAUCAUUCGGUUCCAAACCCGAGGAAAACUUAACCCACGAUAUAUAGGUCCAUUCAGAAUUAUAGAGAGGAUUGGGGCCGUUGCAUAUCGUCUACAAUUGACUCCUGAGUUAGAGAAGAUACAUAAUGUGUUUCAUGUAUCCAUGCUUAAGAAGUAUGUGCAUGAUCCCUCUCACGUAUUGGAGAAGCCACCUGUAGAGGUACGUGAGGAUUUGAACUACUCUGUUCAACCUAUCAAGGUCACCGAUAGAAAGGUGAAGAAACUGAGGAGCAAGGAAGUCCCAAUGGUUAAAGUCUUGUGGAAGAGCGAUCGGGUCGAAGAAGAGACAUGGGAAACAGAGGCUUUGAUGAGGAAGCAGUAUGCUUUCCUAUUCGAGUAGAGCUGUGAAUUUCGGGGACGAAAUUCCUGUUAAGGGGGGGUGAACUUGUGACACCGCACCCGAAUGUCCUUGGAAAUUUGAUUUGAAUAUUCAUAGCUUAUGUAUUGGAUUUCCGAUUCCCAAACAUUUCGUAAAACGAUCAAUGUUCUACGUAGUGCAUGGUUGAAUAUCGUACUGUUCAAACUCGUACAUUAGUGUCGGGUUUCGCAAAUACUUACUCGGGACUUAUUAAUAAAUAAAAAAGCCCAACAUUACCAAAAUAGUGAAAGAAUGAUUAAAGGAGAAUACAAAUGUCUAUAACCCCAUCUUUGGCAUUAUUGAGCUAAAUAAUGGGAGUAGGAUUUUCCUUCUAAAAUAUCCAUCAAGUAAAUUAUUGGGAUGAACCUACACAUAUUGGAGAUCAAUAAUGUGAUUUAGGAAGUUGACUUGUUCUAAAUAAAUUAGGAUGAGUACAAGAAGACAUCUUUGACAAAGAUAAAACAAUAGGACCCAUCUUCCCAUUUUUGGAAGUAUUGGUAGAUAUUUUGGACCCCAAAUUUAAUGGGAUCAAUUGGGAACCACUCCACAUGAUAUUAGUACCUGCAAAACAAAUAAAAAUGGGUUAUAAGACCUACCUUGGCCGUCCAUAAUGGAGGGGAGCUGCACAUGACUUGAUAGGAAUCAAAACUUGGGCCACCAUCCUUAUUUUUCGCACAAAUUGGUGUGCUGUUUGUCUCCUCUCAUUAUAGAAGCUAUACUCGACCAAACAACGUGAAUAAUAUGUCCUUGGAUAGCCUUUGAAGUCUAUUAUCUCAAUUGAGUGGUCUUUGUUCGAGGAGAGAAGGCUUAUCUUACAAAAAUCGAGCUGGAACGAGCAGAGGUCUGUGAACUCGAGCUGUGAGAGUGCUGAGACUGUUUGGUCGAUAUCUCGAGUUUUACAAAUCCAAUUAAGGCGUGUGAGAUACCCACAGAAAGCUCUCAAGACGAGGAAUCCGUGAAGGUCUGGUUUGCAGGAAUCGGAGUUGUGGAAGGCUUCCAAAUCGUCCGAGAAAAACGCAACCUCGCAGGAGAGGAUUUAAUCCUCUAAAGAAUCGAGUUAGCCGGAAAACACCCGUUCUAGGGGCUGUUUUCGUAUCAACGAUUAAGGGUUGAACUAGCACUUUGAGGAGGCUGUUUAACACUCAUAUUUGAGCAAGGAAUCAGUUCCAAAUCCACCUUGACCAAAGCUUUGACCAUUGGACCAAGAAGGGAAAGUUUAAAGCUCAAUUGAGGUGAGGAUGGACAUCUAAUUGCUUACAACUUGUAGGUUAAGCAUGAGAUUACCUAAAUGCUUAAAUCAUGAUUUUUCAUGGAUUAUGAUGAUUAUAUAUUGACGAAAUAUUGAUAUAGUUGCCAAGGAAUGAAAUUUGAAAUGAUUUGAGAAGGUAUGAAUAAUAUGAGAUUAAAUGAGUAUAAAUGAACUAUUUUGUGAAAAUGGGCAUUUUGCUCAUGUAUGAAUUAUGUGGAUACAUAAAUGAAUAUUUGUGUAUUGAGAUUGAAUACUUAAGUUGCUGCUACAUAAUUAUAAAUAUGUAGAGAAUUACAAAUAAUGAGGAUAAUGGUAUGAUAACAAUAAUCUUAAUAGUAUUGAAAUACUAGUUAGUGAUUAUUGGAACUUGUUGAUUAAAUUGAUCCUAGGGAUUGGAUUGUAUGAAAGGUACUUGAAUAUAGUUCAAGUGUAUAUAAUAACUUAGUUUGGAACUAAGGUUAAGUUAUGGGAAGUCUUUAAGGAUGACCCAGGGUAGUUUAAUGAUAUGUCAAUUCUAGGCAUAGGGUUGCUUGAGAAUUGGACCUUAAUGCAUGGUGAUGUAAUAGAGCCGAGCUCUAGAAUGCAUGUAAGGUGUAGACUUGGAGUCUAUGUAUUGUACAGCUAGAGCCGAGCUCUAGGACUUGCGUGGUGAUGUAAUAGAGCCGAGCUCUAGAACGCAAGGUAAGGAAAUUGACCCAAGGUAUAUGAAUUGUAUGGUGAUGUAGUAGAGCCGAGCUCUAGAAUACAAUGUCAUGUACUAGGGUUGGACUCUAGGAGUUGUCGUGGCUUAUAGCCACGGGGUUGGGAAUGGUGAUUUCCAAAUGAAAACGGGCCCACGGGCCGACUACUUGACUUUUAUAUAAAGUAAGUAUAUUUUUAAACGGGGUAACUUAGGGUUACAAUCAUAAUGUACUAUCACCCUACUUGAGGGUCCUGUGUUUGAAAUACUUGUUGUAUAUCUAUUAGAUGCCUGCCACACCAGUACUUUAUAGCCGUAUAGAGUACUGACCCCCUUCGGGGGCGUCCCACCACCAUUUCAGGUUGAGGCUAGAGCUUGCUUCCUGUGCUCGUUGCCCGAGUGAUUUCCCCGGAGAGAAGACUUGGUUCGUGCUUCCUCCAUUCUGUUUUAGAACAUUAACAAACAUGCUCAUGGAUAUUUUACUUUAGAGCCUGCGUGCUCGUGUUUGCCCUGUGUGGCCCUUUUGUUUUAAACAAUGUUUUCCGCUGCGUAUUGAAUUGUUUAUUAUGUAUGUUUAUGGAUGACUUAUGUGUGAAUGAUAUUCAUGACGCCUUGUAUAAUAUGAAUGUGUUGGACUGCGGUUGACUAUUCGUAUUGUACGGCGGGUUGUUGACGUGUCCGGGGAGGUCCGGGGCGUGACAAUUACCUUUUCCACGCCUCUUGCCCUCAGCUCUCAUGUGGCACCUGGCCCGGUCUGGCAUCGUCGAUUGGGGCAUUGUGGAAGUCGUGUGUUAGAUAGGCUCAAGAAAAAUGGUUCUAUUUUAAGCACAUCUAGUUUUUCUCAUGACUGUAUUUCAUGUCGCUUAGGCAAAUCCCAACGAUUACCUUUUCAGGAAGUUUUUCAUAAAUCUACAGUACCUUUAUAUUUAAUUCACUCAG